GAGAUGCAUCACUACCUUGAGCUGCUAGUGUCCAUCAAAACAUCCCAGAGUGGUCGAGCGAGGGUGAAGAAGUUCGACCUGCCCAACAUACUUCAUCUGGUGGUCGAUGUGGCCGACAGUGAUGACGUCAUCGCCCGACUGGAUGUCAUCAGACCGUAUGUAAACAAGAUCGACUGCGUUCUUCUGUACAGCUGGGAACCAAACCUAGUUUUCGACUCUCUUCUUAAGCAAAACUCAUUCACCCUUCUGGCUUCAAAACUGUGGAUCCUGCCCCAAGUAGUUGCAGCCAAGCUGUGCUCAGGAAAACAUGUCGCCUACAGUUCUAAAUGGCCGCCGAAAAUGCUCAUACAGUGUUUUGUUCAGGGAGAUAUUGGGCCAGAAAAAGUGGUGACAAGAUUACCGAAAAUUCUAGAAGAAAGUAUCAUUGAAGUUCAAGAGGUCGAACUAAACACGAGCAGAAACCACAUUGUCAAAAUGGGAUCGAUGCACAGAUUGCGAAAGUCAAUUAUGAAUGGCGUGAACAGAAUGUACUGGAGCCACUUGACAGACGGAGGCAGAGCGGAUGACGAAUUUGAGUAUUGGAAACAUUCUCCCCAAGAAAAGCGACUCAUUCCCUAUCGCCGCCCGCCCCAGCUACCUCGAAGCAGAUCAGACAUCUGGAUGCAGCACAUGGUCAUACCAGAUGUAGUUUGUCUAGUGCAGGGCUGGGAGGGUUACGGCUGCCGUGCGAACGAAAAAGUUCAGAAGGUGCGCGUGUUGGGUAUCUACAGUCCCCCCUACUGGCUGGAAUCAGACUACUCUGAGAAGGAGGGCUGUCUGGGACUGGCUUACAUGGCCAGAGUGUUCACGCAGUUAGACCAGAUAGGACAGCACGGGAAGAGAAACAGAGCAGAGGAAGGAAUACAGAAAAAAUGUGUCGAUGGGUUUGGUCUGGAGCUGUUGCGCAAACUGGCUAGUGACGUCGGCUUCAAAUACUCAGUGGCGGUGCUGAACAACUCUCAGUUCAGCCUUGGACAGAACUGGACACAAGUGGCUCAACUAGUCCAUACAAGGGCCAUAGAUAUCGUCAUAGGUCAGAUCCCGGCCUCUGUGGCUCUUCUACAGCAAGUCUCUUUCAGCACUCCUUACAGAUAUGACUCCCUCUGCAUCACUGUACAACGCAGGUUCCAGGGAGCCACUUUGACCUCAUUUCUGCGACCUCUGAACGUGGGAAUGUUUGUGUCCAUUUGCAUCACAGUGAACACAGUGGCCAUAGGUAUGGCCUGUCUGGAAUGGAACAGUCCCUUUGGUCUCACGCCCAGAGGAAGAAACAGAAGCAAGGUGUUCUCUCUGCCCUCUGCGUUGACUCUCUGCUGGAGUAUUCUGUUGGGCCACACUACUGAUUCCAGUACUCCGAAGUCGUGGAGUGCUCGCUGGCUGAUGAAUAUGUGGGCGGCACUUUGUGUGUACUUUCUGGCCUCCUACACGGCCAAAUUGGCAGUCUACAUGAUAGGCAGGACCACCUACCUACACCUCAGUGGAAUAAACGACCCCAAGAUUCUUUCCGGCGAAGUGUUACUUGGCACUGUGGAAGGUAGCUACGCACACGAGCAUCUGGAGAAAUUCUACGAGUUCCAGCCAGACCAGGCCCACCCACAUUAUUCAGCUGAUGAGGGAGUAGGGGGGAACGGGAAACAACUGAAACUAUACAACAACUUAUCACACGCCCUCUCUUCAUUACAGAGUGGGGACAUAGAUGGGAUUGUGUUUGCGAGGGGAGUGAUGGAGCACUUGGUGUCCUCCAACUUCCACUGCAGACUCUACAUUGUGGGCAACCCAUUCGCACACAUUCAAUAUUCCAUCAUGCUCAACAAACACGACCUACAGUCUCAGACGUGGUUCAACCUCUACCUGGGCAUCUACCACAGCAACAUGCAGAUUGAGGACAUGUUGGACAAGUGGCGCAAGGGGGUGCAGUGCGACCAUGACUCACAGCCCCUUCUGGUAGAACCCCAGCUGAGUGUCAACCACUGCCUCGGUCUCUUCCUCAUGCUGCUCAUUGGAGUCGCACUCGGCCUUAUAGGCAACAUGGUAGAAAGAGUGGUGGGUUGGAUGGUGAAGAGAAAGUUGGCCAAGGACCCCGGAGGAAGGAAGUGGCUGCUAAACUUCGUCAGACCCCUCUCUCAAAGACUGUAUCGUUGUGUGCAGUCUGAUGAGUUUGACGUGCCUGGUCUCUCAUCCAUUGUGACAUCCAUCUCCCAAUUCUGGACACGCCCACCUCCUCCUCCUCCGUCAGAUGAUGAUGACGUCAUCACAAACCAGAACAGCAACAACAACAACAUCUGUCGCUCCCAAGUCAUAGCCAACAGGAGAGAGAGCAGCUCUUUUUCUUUUUAA